AUGGCGAGCAAUUUCAUGGCUGUCCCGAGCGCCUUGGCGUUAGAUGCCAAUAUCUUCGCAACGGAGCCGCCCAAGAGGACGCCGCCCGGCCGUCGCGCCUUCGUUCCCGGAUGCGGGAGCCUGCGGGCGCCACCGCUGUGCUCUUCCCCGUGGCAGCCCCUUCGGCGCUUGCCGCCCGGGGCUGGGCUCGGCUCGCCGCCUUGCGGGCCUUCCCUAACGACGGAGCCGCAGGAGCGCGCAGGCACGCCAGUCCUAAUGGGCCGGCUGGGCGCAGCAGGUGCGGACCAGCGGACUCAGCCCCGUGGGGCUCCGCGGCCGCCUCGUUUCCCAACGAGGGGCCCGCGCCUCGCCGUCCCGCCUGCGUGGCUGGCGCGUCCCUGUCAGCUCCUCGGUGUAAGCAUGUAA